AGAAAACUGUAUGAUGGUUGGAUGAAACGCCAGCUAUGUUUUAUACUUUUGUAUGCGGAAGUACAAUAGUUCAAUAACAUUCCUCCUUUGCGCAAUCGGGUAAAAAUUGAUUGGUGCCGUGGGCAUCACGUCUGCGCCGUUGCCUAGGCAACCGGAGAUGAGGCUCCAUCUGCCGAAGAUUUGCCGUUACAGCCUCCAAAGGGCUUACGUAACAAUGUUUUUUUAAGUGGUAAAUAGACUAGAAUUUAUUUUAAACGAAGAAAAUAUUAAAGAAGUAGAAAAGUGAUGUUGUAGCUCAAAGCAUGAUUUGGGCUCGCCUACUCGUAGUAGCGGUCUGCUGUCAUAUAGUCUCAUCAGCAGAGACGGACCGACGUCGGGUCACCAAUCCGACUUACUACAACGUAGGUGGUGUUCUAUCCAGCAAUGAGUCUGUCGCGUUCUUCAAGGACACCAUAUCGAAUCUCAACUUUAAAGACAAAUACGUACCCCGAGGGGUCACGUAUCAUGACUACUCAAUAUUAAUGGACCCAAAUCCAAUAAAGACCGCGAUGAAUGUCUGCAAAGAUCUUAUUGGACAUAGAGUGUAUGCUGUAGUGGUAUCACACCCACUCACUGGAGAUCUUUCUCCAGCAGCUGUAUCUUACACCAGCGGGUUUUACCACAUUCCAGUUAUAGGUAUAUCUUCCAGAGAUUCUGCCUUCUCUGACAAGAAUAUUCACGUGUCAUUCUUGAGGACUGUUCCACCUUACUCGCACCAGGCCGAUGUUUGGGUGGACGUGCUAAGACACUUCAACUAUAUGAAGGUCAUCGUCAUACACAGCUCUGAUACAGAUGGUAGAGCCAUUUUGGGAAGAUUCCAAACUACAUCUCAAAGCAUCGACGAAGAUGUCGACCGUAAGGUGAUGGUUGAGCAAGUGAUUGAAUUUGAACCGGGCUUGGAGUCCUUUAUUGACAAACUAAUGGAUAUGAAGACGGCGCAAGCUAGAGUAUUCCUUAUGUAUGCUAGCACAACCGAUGCAGACAUUAUAUUUCGCGAUGCAUCCUACUUGAACAUGACAACAACAGGCUAUGUAUGGAUAGUGACAGAGCAAGCGUUGGAUCCUGCCAAUGCUCCAGAAGGUCUUCUAGGUUUACGACUCGUCAAUGCUACCAAUGAGCACGCUCAUAUUCAAGACUCUAUUUACGUCCUUGCAUCGGCUAUCCGUGAUAUGAACACCUCAGAGGAAAUUUACGCUCCACCGUCAGAUUGUGAUAACUCAGGCUCUAUCUGGACCACUGGGCGCCUUCUGUUUGACUACAUUCGGAAGCAGAAAUUGGAAAACGGAGCCACAGGACAUGUUGCAUUCGAUGAUCAUGGAGAUAGAGUGCAUGCGGAGUAUGAUAUGGUGAAUGUGAGGGCACAGGGCGAACAUGUUGCCGUUGGGAAAUACUUUUAUUCCAAAGAAACACAAAAGAUGCGCCUAGAACUUAAAGAACAUGAAAUCAUUUGGAUGGGAAGAAGCCCUUCAAAGCCGGAAGGUUUCAUGAUACCAACUCAUCUCAAGGUUUUGACAAUUGAAGAGAAGCCAUUUGUGUAUGCUCGCAAAGUUGACGAUGAAACUGAGUGCAACUCUGCAGAAGAAAUCUUGUGUCCACAUUACAAUGCCAGUGAGGAUACCGACCAAUUGUACUGUUGCAAAGGCUUUUGUAUGGAUCUCUUAAAAGAAUUAGCGAAAGCGAUCAACUUCACCUACUCGUUAGCCCUUUCGCCGGAUGGGCAGUUCGGAAAUUACAUAAUACGUAAUUUAUCGCAUCCGGGGGCUAAGAAAGAAUGGACUGGACUCAUAGGCGAGUUGGUAUACGAACGAGCCGACAUGAUUGUAGCUCCACUGACGAUAAAUCCGGAGCGAGCUGAAUUUAUUGACUUUAGCAAGCCUUUUAAAUAUCAAGGCAUCACUAUUUUGGAGAAAAAGCCAUCACGUUCUUCUACGCUAGUAUCGUUCUUGCAACCGUUUUCCAACACAUUGUGGAUAUUAGUAAUGGUGUCCGUCCACGUGGUGGCGCUGGUGUUGUAUCUUCUAGAUCGAUUCUCACCAUUCGGAAGAUUUAAGCUGGCUAAUAUCGAUGGCACUGAAGAAGAUGCUUUGAAUCUGUCCAGCGCUAUAUGGUUCGCAUGGGGCGUGCUAUUGAACAGCGGAAUUGGGGAAGGUACUCCUAGAAGUUUUUCAGCUCGUGUGCUUGGGAUGGUGUGGGCUGGAUUUGCUAUGAUUAUUGUAGCGUCAUACACAGCCAACCUGGCAGCGUUUUUGGUUCUCGAGAGGCCAAAGACAAAACUCACAGGCAUCAAUGAUGCCAGACUUCGCAAUACGAUGGAAAAUCUCACGUGUGCAACGGUUAAGGGAUCCGCUGUAGACAUGUAUUUUCGGAGACAAGUUGAACUUUCGAAUAUGUAUCGUACUAUGGAGGCUAAUAAUUAUGACAACGCAGAGCAAGCUAUUCAGGAUGUUAAAAAUGGGAAGUUGAUGGCUUUUAUUUGGGACUCUUCAAGACUCGAGUUUGAAGCGGCUCAAGAUUGUGAACUAGUGACAGCAGGCGAACUUUUUGGUCGAUCUGGGUAUGGCGUAGGCUUACAAAAAGGAUCUCCAUGGUCUGAUUUGGUUACGCUUGCUAUAUUAGAUUUUCAUGAAAGUGGUAUAAUGGAAGGAUUGGAUAAUAAAUGGAUUCUUCGUAACAAUAUGCUUAAUUGCGAGGAGAAUGAGAAAACACCGAACACUUUAGGCUUGAAAAACAUGGCAGGAGUGUUCAUUCUGGUUUUAGCUGGCAUCAUUGGGGGUAUUGUUCUCAUCGUGAUUGAGGUGGUGUACAAACGUCACCAGAUCCGAAAGCAGAAGAAGAUGGAGAUCGCGCGCCACGCGGCCGACAGAUGGCGCGGUGCUGUUGAGAAACGGAAAUCGUUACGGGCGUCUAUUUUGCCAUCACAACGACGUGCAAAAUCGAAUGGGGUGAAAGAAACGGGAAGUAUCAGUCUGGCUGUGGACAGGGGUGUGCGGCGCCGCGACGAGCCACGAGUGCCACGCUACAUGCCCGCGUACACACCUGAUGUGUCACAUCUCGUUGUUUAAAUGUUAUUUAGUAAUUACUUAAUUAACCGCAAAUUACUGCAGGCAAUACAUAGCCUAUAUAGGCAGGUGGAACAUAGGGCAGCAAAAGAAUCAAUUCCCUUUGGUUAUCUACUGCCUUAUCCAUGGAAGAUCCACUCUUUUUAAUAAUAUAAUUAUUAGUCCACCUUAGGCCUCUUCGAGGUUUUAGUCGGACGACUUAAGUCCUGCAGGGGGCUAUCAUUGUGUCUCAAGUUGUACGCCUAUCUACGAGUAGUUACGUAGUUAUAACGCUGCGCGGUAGUUUGAAUCAGUAGGUAGAUCCUACCAUUUUUCUUACAAAAUACCAUAUAAAAUAUGUAUACCUACUUACGACUUACUUUCGAGUUCCAAAUAUAAAAAUUGAUUUUCUGAAGUGGACUUUCGUACUAAAUAAUUAUUAAGUAAGUAGGUAUGUAUAUUAGGUAAAAUUUGGUUUUCAAAUCAAAGGAUAAUUUUACAAAUUUAAACAAAAAUAAUGUAUUAUAUAGGUACUUAUGUGUACCUACCCUACCUAAUU